GACACGAUAGCACAGGCGUUACGGACAGAGUGGUUAAUCAAAUGUUAACUCAAAUGGAUGGAGCUGAAGGUCUUGAUGGGGUAUAUGUUCUUGCUGCUACAAGUCGUCCGGAUCUCAUUGAUCCCGCAUUACUGAGACCAGGACGUUUAGAUAAGUCGUUGUUUUGCAACAUGCCUACUUUACAAGAAAGGACAGAGAUCUUGAAAGCAUUAGCUCGAAAAUUGGAUUUAAGUGAUGAUAUUGAUUUAAGUUACUAUGCAAAAAAAUGCCAAGGGUAUUCGGGAGCGGAUUUACAAGCAUUAUUGUAUAAUGCUCAUCUUGAAGCAAUUCAUGAAACUAUAGAUUCUGAAAAAUUCCUAGAAAAGAAAACGCCGAGCACUAAUGGCAGAGAUAUGCAAUUUGUCUGUUUCAGCGCGAGUUCAAAAAAUAAUAAAAAUAAUACUACAUUAACUGCUGCUGAGAGAUCACAACUGACAGAAAGACUUGGACUCAUCAAAAAGGUGCUUUCACCUGAGAAAGUUGUAGAUGAAGGAAAUGACAAAGAACAGAAUAAGCGAUCGGCGAUAAUUACAAACAAACAUAUGCAAGAUUCAUUAAAAAUUACCCGACCUUCAAUAACGCCACAAGAAUACGCAAGAUUAGCUUCAAUAUACGAGGAAUUUAUUACUGGAAGAAAUGGAGAAAUGCCAAGUGGAACAGCCAGUCACGAAAUUGGACAAAGAUCUACAUUGUGCUAG